AUGAGUGCGCGACGCCGGCCUUUAUCCUUCGAGGAGGCGAGGAUCGACCCCCGUCAUGACGCUGUUCUCGGGCACAACGAGCUCGGUUACAACGCGGCCCUUAGGCCAGGGCAGCGAUCGCUGGCAUCCAGGGACGAUGUCAGCUCCAUGGUAAAGUCACCGUCAAAACGGAGACUUGGCAAGUCUAUCAAGCGUUUUACUUCUCAGCUCCUCAUGGCGGGGCGCAAGGCACCGUCUCGUGUUAAGACUUUCGAUACACAGCUGCUGCCUGGCGCCGUUCGAAUUCCCCCCCAAUACCUCGAGAAUUCCAAUCUCAUGAGGUGGCCUGGUGAGUCUGACACGACUCAAGCAACUGCCAAUCCCCCACGAUCCAAAAUCAUCAAUCGUCUUCCCUUGCCGUCAAACUCUACGUUGAAACCCAAGUCUGAGGAUAUUCCUGAAGCCCAAGACUACAGACAGCGUGGGAAUGUCCCCAUUAGUAAGUAUCCGUCAAGGCAGUUGCACCCUGAGCCACAGCAUUUCCUCUCCGAGUCGCCGCCUCUGCCUCGGGCCAGUCCUAUCCUACUUCAGGUUCCUGUCGACCAGCGGGCCGAGUGGGUGAAGAAUCACCCCAAGCGGACGACAUCUUUUGACUCCGCCGUUAAGAGCAUACAGAGCGUGGACUCCCGGCCGGGUAGCUCCAACCGUCCCAACAGUGGCGCGAAGCUAUCGAUCAACGCCAGACACACGUUUGAAGUGAUCAUGGGCUACGAUUCCUCAGGUGCCAACACUCUCGGUGCCAUGCAUGCCCUGUCGCCACAAGGCAAAGUUUCCAGCCCCGAGACCGAGCCACUGGCUUCUGGCGCCGUUCAAGACAAUGGUAAGUUGACGUCAAAGACUGGUGAAGUUCUACAACCCUUGGCCAGGACUCCCAUCGCUAAGCCUCCCGUCCUGCCUUCCAAACCUGAUAAAGCUGCCGCUAUUCUCGGCUUGUCAGUUCCAUCGACUCAAACAUCUAGCCUGAAUGCUGUCCCUUCUCUUCUCCGCCCAAGGCAUGUGAGGAAGCCGGUGCCCCCAACAAAGGAAGUGAGAUCCCCACUGCCCCUGGAAUCUGACAUGCCCAAUUUCUCGACGCUCGAAGAGAAGCAGACGACCGGCGAGCCUAAAGGUGCGAUUCAGGUCAGUAUGCAUAACGAACUACACUACAAAUACACGGCCGUUCGGCGCGACUUUCGACUACCGUUCCAGUCUGCAGGAGGCCAAUCUGGGCUCCAGCGCAACCCUGGACGAUUGCGGCCCGCUGAGCGGAAGCAAGCCAACCGGAUCUCUGACAGCUUCCUGCGCGCUGGCCCAGACCUGCAUCAGGCUGCUACCGAGAUCUUCGACGAGGUUCUGAAGAAUCCCCCGAAAUUUGAGUCUGUCAAGGCCAGAGUGUUUGCAAUCGAAAGAGGAUUUGAGGGCUCCCAUCCGUCACCCGGAAGCACCUUUGAUUACUUCGAUCAUAGCCGCUUCCCCAUCCUCGACAUGGCUGCUCAAAACCUCAACAGAGGUGAGUCAAUGCUACGCCAUCCCCUGCCCCUUGGACACACAAGCCGUAACGGCAGCCCAGCAACUAUCGACCGGUCGGUAUUCACCGACUUCGAAUGGCAGCGGUUUUCUCACCAAGAAUAUGUUGAUCCUGCCGUUGAAGACUUCCAACGUAAUCGUCGAAGGCGGAUGAACAAACGCAAGCUGGAUCUUGCCGCCUGGAAGGCUGCUGCUGCUCAAGGUAGGUGUGUGGAAGCGGAGCCCGCUGCAUCACCCCGACGUACGGACCGCGAUGCCAACUUGCUGACUUUGAUCGACUUCGCUGAUGACCAGGACCGCUCUCCGCCACGGAGCCGUGACGGUGGUAGCCAGGACCUCAUUGACUUCUAG